GCCAUUCCCUUCUGCUUUCAGGUGCACACAGGUGCACAGGUCGUAUCUGCAGCAAUGUGGUAUGAAGUGCUGAUUUCUUGUUUGCUGCUGCAAGUGGUAGAAAAUGCUAAGUCACAACCACGAUACUUGGUGUUGUUCCAUUCCCAGCUCCAGAGUCUGACAACUUCAAAAGUAUGUGUGCACAUCGCACAUUAUGACGCAUCUUUUAAUUUGAACAUCACCCUGGUCAGAGGUGGGAAAAGUCAGCCCAUCUUUAUAAAUAAUGUGCCAGCUCCAUAUCUGCAAGAAUCUUCCAUCUAUUAUAACUGUGCUUCAUUUAAGGUACCAUUUGUAAAAUAUCGCAGCUAUAAUCAAGGGAUUGUUGCCAACCUAUCUGUGACAGCACUCAGUACUAGCAAGAAAGUAUUAUUCAGUGAAGAAAAGAAGGUUCUUAUCAUUAAUCCAGGUUCUGGAACAUUUAUGCAGACAGACAAACCAAUCUAUAAACAGGGAGAAAAAGUCAGGUGCCGUAUUGUUACCUUGGAUUCAAAGUUUAUCUCUGUAAAUGAUACGUAUCCCUUGGUUGAGAUACAGGAUCCACAGAGUAACCGGAUUGGACAAUGGCUGAAUCUGAAACCAAAUCAAGGAAUAGCAGAGUUUUCAUUUGAUUUAAACCCUGAGGCAAUGCUGGGUGACUACACCAUACAUCUUAAAAAAGCAAGUGAAGAAGAUGUUUAUACAAGCAUUACAGUGACUGAAUAUGUGUUACAAAAAAUUGAAGUUACAUUCAAGACUCCUAAGAACGUGAACGUUUUGGAUCCAGAUUUUCAGUUUUAUGUUUGUGGCAGCUACACAUAUGGUCAGCCGACUAAAGGUGCAGUCAGUGCUACUGUUUGUCGUAAUGCUUAUUUCUGGAUGUACUUUAGAAAACGUGAUGGAGGUGGCAAUGGAAUUUGCCAGCAGUUCUCUGGAAUGACAGACUUGAAUGGCUGCUUCCUUGUUUCAGUAAACACUGAAGAGUAUUUGAAGAAUUCCUUUGGUUACCAAUCAUUGUUUGACAUCACUGCCAGCCUUGAAGAGGAAGGAACAGGCAUUAAGCAGAGUGGAUCUGUGACUAUUCCAAUUUCAAUGUCUGUUGUGACACUAGAGUUUCAGAACGUUUCAUAUUACUACAGAUCUGGCAUCCCAUUCACUGGCAAGAUCAUAAUGCAGGAUUCACAUGAAAAUGCAAUUCCCAAUCGCCCAGUUUACCUCUCAUCAUCAUAUUCGGCUGUGCAGAUAAAUACUACAGUCAUCACAGAUGCCACAGGUGUAGCGUCUUUCUCCCUGAUUACCAAUGACUGGACUGGAAGCAUUCAGCUGCGAGCUAGCUACUUACCUGGUGAACCAGCUGAUUCAUCUCUGUAUGAUGACACAUACCAUUACAUCGAGGAAUUCUACUCGAACUCAGAGAGCUAUCUGUCAAUUAAAAGGCAAUAUAAUGAACUACAAAGUGGUGUACCAGCCAAAAUCUUAGUAAAUUACCACCUCUCUGCAAAGGAGCUGCUUGCCGUUAAUCAACAAGUUAUCUUCUACAUGGGUAUUUCAAGAGGAAGCAUCCUUUUAACUGGUCAGCAUACUGUUGCAGUACUCCAGAAUCUUAAAAAAGAUUUGGAAGGCUCCUUUUCCAUCAUAGUCAAUGUAAGCCCAGAUUGUGCCCCUGAACUUCAAAUCUUGGUGUACUCUUUGCUUUCUAAUGGGGCAGCUAUGGCUGAUAGCUUUAACUUUCCAGUUGUCAAAUUCUUCGAGUAUAAGCCUGCUUUACAUUUUACCAAAGCAGUUGUCCUUCCAGGAGCAAAAGUGCCCAUCCAAAUUCUGGCUCCUAGAAAUUCACUAUGUGCAUUGAGAAUAGUGGAUGAAAGUGUUCUGCUUCUAAAACCAGAAACAGAAAUCACAGCAGAUUUGGUGUACAGAAUUCUCCCAGUACAAAAUCUGAAUGGAUACCCUUAUCAGGUCAAUGAAUACAAUACAAAUCCUUGCAGUGAAGAGAUUUAUUACUACUACUUCUAUGAAAAUUACUUGGAUACAUUCAAUGUUUUCAAGAAUUCAGGAAUAAAGGUUAUGACAAAUUAUGACAUUAAAAAGCCAAUACUCUGUCCUACAAGACACCCAUCUGAAGAGAUGUCUUCUGGACUGCAGCCAGUAGCUGAACGAAUGAAAAUGCAGGCACUCCAAGGUCCAGAUGAAUCUAGUAAUAAUGGGGGUGAAAACAAGGCCCGCACAGACUUUAGUGAAGUUUGGCUCUGGCGGCUGGAGAAGAUUGGGGACAGUAUAACAAAUUUUUCCAUAACAGCUCCAGAUUCAAUCACAAAGUGGAAAGGCACCAUGUUCUGUACAUCGAGUGUUGGGUUUGGUUUGGCAGAUGCUACAUCAGUGACAACAUUCAAGCCAUUCUUUGUGGAACCAGCUCUUCCAUAUUCAAUGGUCCGAGGAGAAACGGUUGAUCUGAAUGUGAAGGCCUUUAAUUAUCUGAAGGAGUGCAUCAUGGUUCAGGUUACCCUUGCACACUCCACAGAUUAUGUUGCUGUUCCAUGUGCAAAUUGUCAGUACACUAGCUGUCUGUGUGGAAAUGAAGACAAAACAUUUGUAUGGAGCAUUACACCAAAAACCAUAGGAACAGUAAAUUUCACCAUCACUGUUAAGGCUAUACAAACAGCACAGUUGUGCAAUGGACAAGUUCCAGUGGUGCCUACAGAGGGCAAGUCUGACACCGUGAUCAAGUCUCUCUUGGUGGAGAUUUCAGCUGGUUCUUUACAAGUAAGCAGCAAAAAAAGUGCUCCUGUUUUGCCAACUACAGUUGCAGCUUCAGGAAGUAGUGCAACCCAAAAGGUACCAGUUGCUGUAAGUGUGCAGUCUUCCACAGUGCAGCAGAAUGUUGCUUCUGUAAACGUAUCCACUUCCAAAGUACAACAGACAUUGGCUUCUGUACAUGUAUCGCCUUCCACAGUAAAACAGGCUUCAGCAUCUGUACAAGUACCAUUGUUACAGCAGAAGAUGUCAGUUUCUACACCUGUACCACCUUCAGCAUUGCAGAAAAUUCCAGCUUCUAUACCUACACAGUCUUCUACAUCACAGAAGCCUUCAGCUUCUGCACCUUUACCACCAGCUCCACCAUCUGUACCUGCACCACCGCCUCCGUUACAUAAGUCUGCAGUUGCUGUACAGCCAUCUUCCAUUUUACAGAAACAUCCACCUACUAUGAAUGUACCCCCUACUUCACUACACAAGGUACAACCUUCUGUAAAUGCACCUUCGUCCACACUGCUGCAAAAGGCUGCAGCUUCCAUGAGUGUCCCAUCUUCCACUUUACAGUCGAGAGUUGAGGAAUGGGUACCUUCUGAUGAUGAUGAUGAUGAUACUUCUUCCUCUGAUGAUUCCUUAGGACAUUCUACAUAA